AUUUUGACGUCGUCGUCAUCGUCGCUACCUGUCAGGUGGCUGGUGACGUUAGUCGGCUUUGAGUAGCCGUCGCAACAACAACAACAACUGACCGCUGCGCAACAAUGCGAUUAUUGAAACUGAUAAGCUCCAAAUGCGAACAACAACAAAACUAGUAAAAAAAAAAAAAACUGUGUAAAAAUAAAAACUAUGUUAAACAAGAUAUGUUGAAAUUUGGUGGCCCCAAAAACUGUACAGUAAUUUGACGCAACAACAACAACAGAAGCACGCAAUGGCCUCCAGCACUCCAAGCACACCCAGCACACCCCGUACACCUCCAACCCCCAGCAGCGAUCUGGACACCCAAGUCAAUGUGGAGGAUUUGCCCAUCACCUUCAAGGUCAAAUACAUUGGCUCAGAGCCAUCGCGUGGCUUGUGGGGCAUCAAAUACACCCGCCGCCCCGUCGAUCUAAUGGUGGGCGUGGCCAAGCAACUGCCACCGAAUCGAGUGCUGCCCAACUGCGAUCUCAAAGUGUCCACAGCCGGUGUUCAACUGGAAAUCCUAUCGCCCAAGGCGAGUAUCAACAACUGGAGCUACCCCAUCGAUACGAUAUCGUACGGGGUACAGGAUCUGGUUUAUACUCGGGUCUUUGCCAUGAUCGUGGUCAAGGAUGAUUCGAGUCCGCAUCCGUUUGAGGUGCAUGCCUUCGUCUGCGACAGUCGUGCGAUGGCUCGCAAGCUGACCUUUGCCCUUGCCGCCGCAUUUCAGGAGUACUCACGUGUCGUUAAGGAGACAACAGAUGGCGACGAUCAGCUUGCCACGCCCAGCGAUGCCAUUACGCCCACACGGCAAAAGUUUGCCAUCGAUCUGCGCACACCCGAGGAAAUUCAGGCUGGCGAAUUGGAACAGGAAACGGAAGCAUAGCCCAGCUAUAUAUGCACAUAUAUAUGUAUAUGGAGAACGAUAUAUGUUUAUAUAUUUUUUGUAUUAUUUUCGAACUUGUGAUUGUCAUAGUUACUUAUUGUUGUUGUUGUCGUCGUCCUUUUCUCAAUCAAUUGGCAGCUGCCUCAUACAGCUAAUUGCCCAAAGCCCAAAGCAGAAACUGCAACUGCAAACAAAACAAAACGGAUUUUUUUAUACGCGUACACUUAAAUUAAUAUAAACAAACAAACAAGAAAAACAACUAAUUAUUUACUUUUGUUUAAAUAAAUCGUAAUGAAAUGAGUGAAUGAAACAAAGUA